AACUCGUUACUUGUUGUCCUUCCCUUUCCUGGCGGCAAGGCGUGCGAGUGAGCUUCUGAAGCAGAUGCGUUUUGAAUGAAGCAAUAUUUAAUAGUUACUGAGAACUAAUUUUGUUUUCUGAGCAUGAGUUUACCACUGAACCCAAAGCCGUUCCUGAACGGCCUGACUGGAAAACCCGUGAUGCUGAAGCUGAAAUGGGGAAUGGAGUACAAGGGCUACCUGGUAUCGGUGGACGGAUACAUGAACAUGCAGUUGGCUAACACAGAGGAGUACGUGGAUGGAGCUUUGGCGGGUCACCUUGGGGAGGUGUUGGUCAGGUGUAACAAUGUUUUGUAUAUACGUGGAGUGGAAGAGGAGGAAGAAGAUGGGGAAAUGAGAGAAUGAUGAAUUUGUGAUUAGGGGUGAGGGCUGAAAAUGUAUGAUUUUGUUUGUACUAGUUGUAUGUGAAGCUUUGUUUCUCUUUUUCUUUCUUUGUAAAAUUCAUUUGUUGGGUUGUUUUGUAUACUAUAAAAGCAUAAUUCUGAUGGCACAUUUGUGCAAAUAAAAUUAUGCAUUUUGUA